AAUCAAACUUAUAAACACAAUCUGUGCCAACAUGAUUAUGAGUAUAAAAACAUUAAUGGUUCACGAAGACAUGAAGCUAAAACAAUAGAGGCGGAACAGGUUGGAUUGGAUGAAGUUACACGGGAUGAAGUUAGGCAUGAUGGGAUUUCUCUUUUCGUUUAUGAUGGAAACAACAGUCUUAUAGAUAGCAGACAAAUAUAUACCUUAUUUUUGUCAUUUUGUAUAAUCAUAGGUCAAUUCAAAGAAAAUCAAACUGAUCAAUCUUUAGAUAUCAAUAGCAAUAUGCUAGACCCAGGAACUUUUCAAGAAAAUGCAGACGAUGCCAGUAUUUAA